AUGCUGUUCCGGAUGCUCCUGCUCCUUUUCUCUUUGGCGCUGAUAUCUCUGGGCAGUGUCGGGCGCUCAGGGGCAGAUGAAAUGGGCUGUAACCGGACGCAGCAAGCGGCUUGUGGUGACAAGUGCAUUCCCGUGGCCUGGCUCUGCAACGGGGAACAAGAGUGCCCGGAUGGAACCGACGAGCAGUGUGAGGAAACGUGCCUGGGACACCUGCAGGCCUGGCAGUGCGAUGACGGGAAGUGUAUUCCUGCCCGCUGGCGUUGUGAUGGCUCCAGGGACUGCUUAGACGGCUCCGAUGAGGUGAACUGUGAGGGUUUGGCAGCAUGUCGGGACCACAAAAUCCAGUGUUCAGGGAAGGCUCCGUGUCUGGAUGCUCAGGAACGCUGCGGUGUCCAGCAGGACUGUGAAGAUGGGUCCAUGGAGGCACGCUGUUCCCGUAGCCACUGCUUGGCUGGUCAGUGGCAGUGCCAAAACAGGGCGUGUAUCGUGGACAGCUGGAGGUGUGACGGCAUCGAUCAGUGUGGUGAUGCCUCGGACGAGGAGGACUGUGCCUCCUGCCCAGAAGGCGCUGUGAGCUGUGAUGGAGGGAACUGCAUCCCAGAGUCUCUGAUGUGUGAUGGGGAAGCCGACUGUGCAGAUGGCACUGAUGAACCCAUUACAUGUGGUAAGAACUGCUCCCUGCUGAAUGGUGGCUGUGAGGGGCCAUGCAAUGACACCCACUGGGGUGCCCGUUGUUCCUGCCCACCAGGGUGGCAGUUGCAGCCUGACGGAUGGAGCUGCGGAGAUGUAGAUGAGUGCUCUCAGCCAUAUGGUCCUUGUGGCCAGCUCUGUCAUAACACACCAGGCUCUUAUUCCUGUGGCUGUAUCCAAGGUCACCAGCUCUAUAAUGGCACAGACUGUCGAGUUACAGACGAUGAUGUUAAAAUUCUUAUAGCAGCAGAUAAAGAGCUUGGUAUCCUGGACCGAAGAACAGGCAUCUAUGAGAUGCUGGUCCCUGUAAAGUCCAGGCCCAGGUCUGUUGCUUAUGACCUGAACAGAAACAUGUACUUCUGGGUGGAUAAAAUCUUGAAUGUGUUUGUCCUUGGGAAGCCAAACUUCAUUACCCUCUACCCAGAACUCCCACCUGUGAGCAGUAUUUCUCUGGACUGGUUCACGGGACAGUUGUACUGGGCUAGCAGCUUGGCAAGGGUCAUCUGUGCUGGCUUAAGUGACGGCAGAGGCUAUGUCAAAAUCUUGGAAAAAGAUCUUGUGCCUGAGGAGCUAGUGGUGUUUCCUGAAAAGAGGUAUCUGUACUGGGUAAACCGAGGUGAGAAUGGGGUAAAGACUAUUGAAACUGCAGGAAUGGAUGGCUCCGACAGGAAGAUCCUAGCAGUUGUGACCACGGAGGAGCCUUUAGGACUGACACUUGAUCAUGUGACUGGCAGACUCUACUGGAUCAGUGGCUAUAAAGAGUCCAUAGAGACGGUGAAAGUGGACGGCAGUGGGAGGUACGCCUUUCCUGGGAUAUUGUUUGAAGGUGAAGACCCCGUUAGCCUGGAUGUAUUUGAGAACGCUUUCUUCUGGGCCAACCAAACUCAACUGAUUCGUACCUCACCCCAAAGCCCGAAGGAGAGAGAGGUGUUGCUCCACACCUCCGUGUCAGCUUUCUCAGUCCUCCACAAGUCGCGGCAGCCCACGGAUAGAAACUCAGCAUGCAUUCCAGGUUCCUGCAGCCACCUAUGCCUCCUGUCCCCCAUCCAUCCCAAGGGCUACAAGUGUGUCUGUCCAGAGGGGCUGUUUCUUUCACCUUCUGGCACAUGCAGUGAGUUGAAAGUUGUGUUUUCUUCUGGCAAACGCCUAUACUUGUUGAAAGUCAGCUCUAUGGGAACUGCUAUAGAGAGAACUCUAGUUGAGGAGCAUGCUGGGAACCUCUAUUUACUGGAUAUUGAUUGGAAAAGGAACAUCAUCUAUUGGUCAAAUGUCCAGGGACAUCUUGUUUAUUCAGCUGGAUAUUCAGGACAAAAGCAAGAGAUCUGGACCCAGCAUACAGUUUGCUCAGCAAAUGUGGACAUAGCCACUGGGAACCUGUUCUGGCUACCCUGUGACCGAGGCACUAUUCAGAAGACCAGAAUGCCUGGUGCUGAGUCGCACACUCUCUACAGCACUCGAAACAUCAUACUGCAGUUGCUUCUUGAUUGGCCCAGAAGAAUGCUGUACUGGGUGGAGAGUGGGAAGCCCCUGCAAAGCAUGACCCUGGAUGGCAAAAACAGACAGGAAGUUUGGAGAGGCACCUGGGCAGCAGACACUCGGAUGGCCUUGGAUCUAGGGUCCGUUAGUAUCCUCUGGACCACCAAAGGGUUGGGGUUGCACAGUUUUAGCCUAUUGAAGAACCGAACAUGCUCAUUGAACACAUCCUGGAGCGAUGUGGUUAUGGUGGCCCAUGAGCCCUACCUGGUAACCGCAGACAAGGCAGCUCUUGUGCUGUGGAACAGGAAGACUCUGGAGCCCUUCUCCACACUGAAGGAGCCACACAUAAAGAAAAUGAUCAUCUUGGCGGACAACCAGAAAGUUCCAGAUCCUGGGCUGAAGGAGGCAGUGCCCACUGCCCCUCCUCCUCCUCCUGUUCUCUGUGCCCGGUCCUCUGUUCCCUGCCAGGAUGGGAAGGGAUGCAUUCCCAGGGAGUCCCUCUGUGACGGUGAGCACGACUGUCAGGAUGGCUCAGACGAAGAGAACUGCUCCCGGGUCUGCCAUCAACCAGGGGUCUUCCAGUGUCUGGAUGGAAGCGGAUGCAUUCAAGAGAAAUAUCACUGUGAUGGGGCUCGGCAGUGCUCCGACGGGUCUGAUGAGCUGGGCUGCUGGAGGCCUGCUGAAGAAUGUCAGCUGCACUGUGACAACGGGACUCGCUGCAUCCCUAAGAGUUGGCGAUGCGAUGGGAAGCCAGACUGUUCGGACAGAAGAGAUGAGCAAGGGUGUGCUCAUGAAAAAUGCAGCUCCUCUGAAUUUCAGUGUGAGAAUGGUCAAUGUGUAUCUUCUUCUCUGCAUUGUGAUGGGAACCGAGACUGCCUGGACCACUCGGAUGAGGAAGGCUGCCCUGUUGCCUGGUCCAUACGGUGCCCAGAAGGGGAGAUGAAGUGCCCGAAGAGUGGAGAAUGUGUGUUGGCAGAGUGGAUAUGUGACCAUGAUAUAGACUGCAAAGAUGGAACAGACGAGAAGGACUGCGAGCGCGAAGCGCUCCUGUGUGGCCCCUGGCAGUGGGCUUGCGGCAGUGGAGAGCAGUGUGUGCCUGACUUCUGGCGCUGUGAUGGACAACGCGACUGCAGAGACGGCAGUGACGAGGCUGGGUGUACUCCGCCGAAGUGCCGGGACUCCGAGUUCGAGUGUGCUACUGGUGCCUGCCUCAGCUUCAGCGUGGUGUGCGAUGGGCGAGAGGACUGUGUGGAUGGUUCCGAUGAGGGUGGAGAGUGUUCCUCGUCAGGAUGCGACCCAGGGCGAUGCCACCACUCCUGCUUCCAGUCCCCAUCUGGGCCGGUGUGUGUCUGUGACCCAGGCUUUGAGCUGGACAGCCGUGGUCAAAUCUGUCAGGAUGUAAAUGAGUGCCAGCAGCCAGUCGGCCGGCCCUGCAGUCAGAGCUGCAUCAACACCGAGGGCUCGUUUAUCUGUGCCUGUCACCCUGGCUACUUGCUGGGCCCCGAUGGCCACACUUGUAAGGCAACAGGUGCUGAGCCAAUUCUGCUUGCUUCUAUUGAGUUUAACCUUUUCCUUUCUGGACUGAGAAGCUUAAAAGAAGAUAUCCUGGCAACUACAGACAAGAACCUGGCUAUUUAUUCUGUGGACUAUGAUUUAUUGGAUCAGAAAAUCUUCUGGGCAGAUCCCAAAGCAGAAAGUAUAAGGUGGAUAAGCAUGACCACAAAGAAGGAUGGGAUGGUGGUGAGAGGGAUAAAGCCAGACUGUAUAGGGGUUGACUGGAUUGGAAGAAAUCUCUACUGGACUGAUGGGAGAGCUGGCCAGAUUUUGGCAAUUCAGCUAACUGCUGUUGGUAGAGAAAAAUCUGAGUACACAGUUGUCGUGGAUGAUGAUGUGAUUCAGCCCCAGGCUUUGGCUUUGGAUCCCCUGAAUGGAUUGAUGUACUGGUCUGAAGUCGGAGAAGAACCUCAGAUAGAACAAGCUGGAAUGGAUGGUAGCAGCAGAAAGAUACUUGUCAAUCAAGGCCUUGGUCGGCCAACUAGCAUAGCUCUUGACCGAUUAAGUUGGAAGAUAUUCUGGUCUGAUGAGAAACUUCACUGCAUUGGUUCUGUCAACCUCGAUGGUAGUGGCAUUAGUAUGAUGCAGCUAACUCGAAUCAAGAGCCCCUUUUCAGUCGCUGUGUUUGAAGACGAAGUCUUCUGGUCUGACCCAAAGACAAGAACAAUACAGAGUGUGGAGAAGGUAACAGGCAAGGGCAGAGCUGUCCUCAUCAAGCGUUCUGAACAGCCCUUUGGACUCAAGAUAAUGCAUGAAGUCCUUCAGCCCAGGUCUUCUAGUCCUUGUCUGGAUGUACAAUGCUCUCACUUGUGCCUUCUGAGCCCACGAGCCAAGGGAAGUUGUCACUGCCCGGUUGGCCUCCUGCUGGCAGAAGAUGGGAUCACCUGUGUCUCCCCACAAGAGUCUGAGUUUCUUUUCCUGGUGUUGCCCAGUGUUCUCACCCAGAUCUAUUUGAAAAAUCUCAAGACUACCUCACAACAAACAACCGUACCAGAACACAGAACACUUCCCUUCACCAGUGUCAAUCAGCUUGCAUCCAUGGAUUAUCUCGUCCAGGAAAAGGCCCUCUACCUGUCAGAACUCAAUACCAGUGACAUCAGGCUACUGAGGCUGAAAGAACCAGGGAUACUCUCCUGGCAGAGGGUCAUCUCUGUGAAGGGGACAGUGAUAGACUUUGCUCUGGACUGGCUGAGUGGAAACAUAUAUUGGAUUGACAGUGGGAAUCCCUCCAUCAAUGUUGCUUCCUCUACCGGCCAGUAUCCCACUGUUUUGCUCAGGGAAAACCUUCAUCACCCAGCCUCUAUUGUCCUCCACCCACCUACUGCUGUCAUGUGCUUGGCAGACCUGGGUUUGCAGGAUGAUGGGAGAGAUGGCUCCAGCAUUGAAUGUGCCUCUAUGGAUGGCAGCAGGAGAAAGGUGCUAUGGCUGAAAUCCCAGGUGCCUGUGGGCCUGGCCUUUUCGGAUGCAGGGACCCGAGUGUACUGGGCUGAUACUGGGCAGGGACUUAUACAAAGUAUUCAAGUAGAUGGCUCAAGAUACAGAGUGGACCAUCAAGGACUUAAGGGUCUUCACCUCUUUGCAUGUGGUCAAGACACGAUGUUAUGGACAACAGUUGGUGAUGGCCAGAUCACCAAAGUUUGGUACAACAAAGCACGGAUCUCAGAAAACCAGUGGUUCCAAGUAGACCAGAAGAUUGUAGACUUAAAAGUGUACAGUGUACUUAGUCAACAGGGUAACAACAGCUGUUCAAAAGACAAUGGAGGAUGCAGUCACAUCUGCUUGCCAAAUCCUGAGGGCAAGACUUGCAGGUGUCCCAGUGGCUACUGCUUGGUUGAUGGCCACACAUGUGUAGAAGCUGUCCAGUGCGCUCUGCUGUCACAAUGCUGUAAGGACGGCCAGAGGUGCAUUUCCAAGGAGCAAGUUUGCAAUGGGCAUGUUGACUGUCUGGACGGAUCUGAUGAACUGGACUGUAUGAACCCAAGUAGACCCCAUUCAACAUCAAUGCUUAAGAAGCCAGAAGCUUGGAAAAGGUUGACACCCGAAGCUUUUGAACUUUCCCAGGCUGCUGAGUCUACCACGGAUGUACAUCUAGGACAAGAAGGAAUGAGACACCCUGUCAGAAAAACAGUGGAAACUGUCCAGUCUAAGGAUCUACAGAAGGCAACAUAUAUGCCCUGUAGCCAAGACUUUUGCAAUGGGAGAGGGAUCUGCACUGUGGAAGGAAAGCUGAGGAGAUGCCGCUGCCUGAUGGAGUAUGGUGGAGAGUUCUGCCAAGAAGUAGCCCGGGGCCCUGCCUUGGGCUAUGUAGCUCUGGGUGUAGUCAUUGCUUUAUCAGCUGUUCUGGCAGUGCUGGGGCUGUCUCUACAUCUCAGAAGAAAGCGUAAAUUCAAGAGAACAUCAUCAAGAAAUUUGGACUAUGAUAAAGAAAAUAAUCAAGAAGAGGAAAAUCUAAUGAAUAGUGAGACUUUUGUCAAUGAAGUCUACAAUGAGCAGGAAUCUUUAACCUCUUUACAAGCUGAAUGACCUCAUCAAAACAACAACAACAAAAAGAGCUGAAAUGUUUCCAUAAAUAAA